AUGGCGUUCGCCUCGACAAGCUGGGGUACGAGCUGGUGCCCCGGAUGGCGGAUCAGACGGGUAUCAGCAGUGGUGCCGCAGCCGCUGCGAGACCUGAGGCUCCUGCAACGCGACUACUCGCUGGUUCCGCCGCCCCGCUAUAAGGUCUCACCGUUGGACUUUGUGAUCGAUCGAACGCGAGUACUCGGAUCUGGUUCGUUCGGGACUGUCUAUGAGGCAAAGAAAGUCGUCGCCCCAGAGGAGGGACUUGAAGUCGCAGCCAAAACCGUGGCCAAAGAGCGUCUCCAAGGUGUACAACUGGACGAUGCGCUCUACUACACAGCAAUCGAACGGUACGCAAAUGACCAAGUUCGAGCUACCAUCGAAUCCAAUACAGACGCAGCACUCGCCGAUCACGUCGCCCGCUACCUCGGAUUCGGUGAGCACGCUGGCACCGAAUGGUUAUUCUUUGAACGCAUUCCCGGUUCGACACUGGAAACCUAUUUCAACAGCGAGACGGAUGACAUCGCAUUUGCGCUGGCACUCUCGCAAGCGCUCAACAUCAAUGCCACAGAUAGCUCCGAAGAUGGCGUCCAUAUCUUGCGACAUCUGGUGCUGCGAGUUGCUUCAGAGGUCCUCGAAACGCUCGUAUCAUUCACCCGACUUGGUAUGGUUCAUCGAGAUAUGAAACCCCUCAACUGGAUGAUCGAUGAACAGCGCCGUUGUCUUCGCGUCCUAGACCUGGGCUCGGCAGCGUUCAUCAGUACGCCACGGUACGGUGCGGCAAUCGGGUACAAUGCACGCUGGGGACCCGCAGACCCGGACUUUGUUCCCCCGGAGCGCUUUCUUGAUCCGCGUUUCCCUUACCAAUUCGAUGUGUACUCGUGUGCAUUGAGCCUCUUGCGUAUUGCUGUUCCAGGUCUGCGCAAAAUCGCUUCUUUCCGAGCGUUUGUGGAGGAAUUCCGAAUCAGACACCAAUCGGACUUGGCACUGUAUGCGUCUCGAGUUUUCAACGGUACCGCUUCCUUCAUACCGGACAAGUUUGUGACUGGAUUGGUUGUACUGAAAGCAGAUGAUGGACGUUUAUUCGAAUUCGUUCGCCAGAUGCUGCGGGAAUCGCCAUCGGAUCGUUUGUCGCCUGAGGCAGCGCUGGUGACGCUGGCGAAGAUCCACGGUGCGAUCACUGCCUAG